AUGGAUCAAUUAAAUAACUUGCAGCUUGGCCUUCAAGUCCCACGAAUUAUAGUGCCUGCUGGCUUUCCUUCUUUAACGAAAUCCGACGACUACCCCUUCAAAUGCUCCCAAUGUGGUCUGUGCUUCAAAAAUGAAAUUGAACUUACUGCUCAUGAUUCUCCAGAACCGAAUAUAGAAUCUUAUAAAAUUCUUGUUUACAAACCACCUCUUUCCGCAGUUAGAUUGCCAUGCGCUAAUCAAUUUAAUUAUUGCGAGCUAUGUAGUAAAUAUUUCAACUCAAACCAAGGCUUUAGGCAGCAUCUUGGCAAAGUGCAUGAAAGUCAAGGGAUAAAAUAAAAUGGCAUUCAGUUCGAGCGAAAUUAACUCCGCUAAUUUUCUCUCCUCAAGCAAUUUUAUUUAUGGGGAAAGGUUUUCUUCUGAUAACUUCUGCACAGCAGCAGCAGUUUAACUCUGGCAGAUAAGCCGAGGCACUGCUCCAAGUACGCUCGAAGUUUUUACCUCUCAGCACACCCGAGGAAGGUAACCCUUAGACGGAGCAUAAGCAGGAUCUAAGUCAAGGAAGACAAGGCAACGCAGCCUGUCGAAGCCGGAACACUGUAUUUGUCCGCGCACUGGCGCAACGAAGUGGAUCGAUCUAGAGGUCCAUGGGCACGACACAUGGACAAAUAUGGUGGCAGCUCUGGAAACAGCUGCCUUCAUAAUGGAUGUUAAAGGUUAUAAGCUUAAUAAGACAAUAUAAGCAUGAAAGUCAAGGAAAAAAACGCUGAGUGCAAUAUUUGCCACAAAUUAUUCAAGCAUAAGCACGCUCUGAAGUUUCAUGUGGACCAAGUCCACGAUACAUUUAAAAGAGUACCUUGCAUUCGCUGCAAAAAAGAAUUUUACAAUAAAUAUAAGCUUAAAAACCAUUUGAGGAAAUGUAAAGUCGUUGAAGAUUUGAGUGCUGGAGAGAGCGUUUAUGAAAAGCCUGAUGAUGAAAUAGUUUAA